AUGAGAAGACGUCUUUCGAAUUUUAGGAUAUCAUCUUCUGAAUCAUCCAGGUCUAGAAGAAUGGGAGCUUUCACCUCUUCUCGACUCAGGCGCUCAUCUGCAGCCUACACCAGUCUGGGGUGUCCCUGGAGUCGAGCGCGCGGGGUCUGGAAGAGCUGUGUACUAGCCAAUGGUGAAAAUAUUCUCUUUGGAAUGGGAAAUCCUCUUCUUGACAUCACUGCUGUAGUGGAUAAGGAUUUCCUUGAUAAGUAUUCUCUUAAACCUAAUGACCAGAUUUUGGCUGAAGAGAAGCAUAAGGAACUGUUUGAUGAACUUGUAAAAAAAUUCAAAGUUGAAUAUCAUGCUGGUGGCUCUACCCAGAAUUCAAUUAAAGUGGCCCAGUGGAUGAUUCAGCAGCCGCACAAAGCAGCAACAUUUUUUGGAUGCAUUGGGAUAGAUAAAUUUGGGGAGAUCCUGAAGAAAAAAGCUGCUGAAGCCCAUGUGGAUGCUCAUUACUAUGAACAGAAUGAGCAGCCAACAGGAACUUGUGCUGCAUGCAUCACUGGUGGCAACAGAUCCCUUGUAGCUAAUCUUGCUGCUGCCAAUUGUUACAAAAAGGAAAAACAUCUUGAUAUGGAGAAAAACUGGAUAUUGGUAGACAAAGCAAGAGUUUAUUAUAUAGCAGGUUUUUUCCUCACAGUUUCCCCAGAGUCAGUUUUAAAAGUGGCUCACCAUGCUUCUGAAAACAACAGAAUUUUCACUUUGAAUCUGUCUGCACCAUUUAUUAGUCAGUUCUACAAGGAAUCAUUGAUGAAAGUUAUGCCUUUUGUUGACAUACUGUUUGGAAACGAGGUGGAAGCUGCCACUUUUGCUAGAGAGCAAGGCUUUGAGACUGAAGACAUUAAAGAAAUCGCCAGAAAGGCACAGGCUCUGCCAAAAGUCAACUCAAAGAGGCAGCGAAUCGUGAUUUUCACCCAAGGGAGAGAGGACACCAUACUGGCUACAGAAAAUGAAGUCACCGCUUUUGCUGUCUUGGAUCAAGACCAGAAAGAAAUUGUUGAUACCAAUGGAGCUGGAGAUGCAUUUGUUGGAGGUUUUCUGUCUCAGCUGGUCUCCGACAAGCCUCUAACUGAAUGCAUCCGUGCCGGCCACUAUGCUGCAAGUGUCAUAAUCAGGAGGACUGGUUGCACCUUUCCUGAGAAGCCAGACUUCCACUGAUGGAAAAGCAUGAAACUGCACCCAGGGGUAGAGACACUGCCCUGGUUGUUUCCUGAGAAUUCCCAUAUUAAUAAAGAAGAAAAUUAAAUGCCACCUUUCCUGCUAUAAUAAUGUUCAUUCUUAAUUUAGGGGGUACAGUAAUGCACAAUAGAAUCUUUAUUCUCUCAACAACCUAAAGUAGGAGGUUUAUUUCCAUAGUUUGAUAGUGCCAGGUAAAUGUCAAUUAAACAGGAAUAUAGUAUUUCAAUUGAGAUUUUUGUUUGAUUUUCCAUUACAUUGUAAAUUCAAGUAUACUAAGCAAAGUGAUCAUUUUUUUACAUUCUGCUUUGAAUGCAGAUGCAAUUUAAUAUAAUAGAUUUUUUAAAGGGAAUUAAAGAUAAUACAUAAAUCUUUAGCUUUUAUACAAGUAUAUUUAAUUCAGAAGUGUGUUUAUACACAUAUACACACACAUGUGUUCAUAUAUGUACCACAUAUAUACAUGACAAAUGGUUAAAUAAGGUACAGAAAUAUUUAUCUUCCCAAGUUAUGCCAAGUAAUUUCCUCAGUGUGUACUUAAACAUGUAAUAAACUUUGGAUAAUUAAUUUGCCAAAUUAUAAGCUAUAUUACAAUAUUCAAGUCAUAAUCUUAUAUUUACCUGUGGUACUCUGUAUUUGAUACAAAUAAAAACUUGUCAUAAAGGG